CUUGACGUCCGCGGAGAGGGUCCUCACACACCGCCGCUCUCUCCUUGAUAAGAAAGCCUCCGAAGCCAUAGGUUUAUUUUGUGUAAUUACGUUCUGGACGGUUUGUUUCGUCGCCAGGUCUCGGUAACAUGAACCGCACCCCGACAGCGUUACGGUCGCUUCUCUCCCUCUCAGUGGUCACGGCUGGAGUUCUGAGCUGGUCCUUCCUCGCCCAGAGUUCGGGAACGUCCAAGCCCUUCCGGAGUCUACCACAGAUUUCUUCGCCAAAGACGGCUUCUGUGGUCGCUCCAAGGGAAGACACUGUGCCUCCCCCCCUUUAUAACGACACUUGGAUAGAGACACGUACCUACACUAUACCUGGAUGUCCGUGUGAAAGGAGCGGCCUCGACCUGGCCAGCCUCCUCUCGCGGCGCAGGGAGGCGCAGGAGAGGCCCCAGGACUUCCCCGAGUGGUUCCUGAAGAGGUUCUCCUUCGAGGGCGCCUCCGCCUGCUCCGACUACGCGACGCAGCGAGGGGGCGGCCAGCGGGUCGUGUCCUACGUGUAUUACGCCAAGGGAGGCAGGUCCGUGAGAGGGACUAUGGCCUACAAGAAGUACCUCAGCCAGCUCUACGAUACGGUCGACGUCAUCGGCCGCGUGUAUCCCGGAUGGCUCGUCCGGAUCCAUCACAACGUCACCGCCGAUGAUGAGGUCGGCACGGCGGAGCUUUGCCGGAUCUACUGCGACCACGACCACGUCGACCUCUGCCACGCGCAUGACCUCCCCGGGCUCGGCAACAUGAACGAGCGAGGUCUGACUGGCAUGAUGUGGAGGUUCGCCGUGAUGGGAGACCCGACGGUGCGGACUUUCCUGAGCAGGGACACAGACAGCUGGGUCCUGGAUCGAGAGGUCGCGGCGGUGCGGGAGUGGCUGGCGUCGAACCGAACCUUCCACGUCGUGCAUGACCACCCACGCCACGGGCCGGUCAUUCUGGGAGGCUUCUGGGGAGCGCACAACAAGAACCUGAGUGCCAUGCAGACGCUACGUGACCAGAUGUACAGCAAGGCGAAGACGGAGCGUUAUGGCCAAGACCAGAAGUUACUCAAGGAAGUCGUCUGGCCAUAUGCGAGGACCAGCGUGCUAAACCACGCGAGCUUCACAUGCCAAAAGAGGCUUCGAGAGCAUGGGCCGGCCGUGCCCUUCCCGACGCAGCGUGAGGGGGGCAGGUACUGCGGCUGGGGCACGUACAAGGUCGCCGAGGCCAGGCUGGUGGCCAAGACGGUGUGCCCCGUGGAGUGCCGGCCCAAGGACCACAAGGACUGGACGAGGUGCUAGCGUGUUGUAGAUCCCGAGCGGACGAACAAACUCGGUAACUUCGUGCGAAGAUUUCGUGCAACGAGCUUCCAGUAAAACGAAACUGCCACGACAGAAACGAAAUGAAAGCGUGGUGAUCCUCCUCCCACGUUUCAUUGCGAACAACUCGUCAAGACGUAGUGGAAGAAGAAAUGUACAGUAAAAGAGCCAUUUCGGUUUACACUGCGUCUGAUGAGGAACUGUAGGCGAGUUGGAUAAUUUUGACGCAUGUCAAAAUUAAUUCCGAAAGUAAGAUGACAUGUAAAUGUCAACAUAGUGCUCAGAGAGGCAGUCACGACCACUGAGAAUACAUUAAACUCAUUUCGUUGUUAUGUGUAAAAAUAAUGAUUAUAGAUAUUCAUUGUGGUUAUUCACAAGCAUUAUUUAUGAUUUAAACGAACAAUUUUAUUUAAAAUAUUUUCACAGAA